CAUAACCACCAAUUAAAAUCGAUCGUACCAAUCGUCCCCUGAGAUCGUCAAGUCCCUCUCUCCCGCAUCUUUCAACCGCGGGCAAUACCUAAUAGUAGCUGUUUGCUUACUUUGAUCUUUCCCCUGUGCAAAUGGAGGCUGCGUUGGCAGAGCUAGAGAGAGUCCAGCUUCAAAUCCUUCGGCGAAUAUCGAAGCUAGAGCUCUCUCACCUGCCUCAAAAUGCUGAACCUAUCCCUUCUUCAUCCCCUCUCACUAACGGCGAUGCUAGCUCCGAUGUUGAAGCUUGCCUCUCUAAUAUUCUACGAUCCAAUGGCGUCAACGACUUCAUUUUCAAGCGAGUCGCCUCCGAUUACUACGACUGGCCUCUCGAGUCCCGCCGCGACGUUCUCGGCGCCGCCUCUGUUCAUCAUCUUUGCAAAAGCAUCGUUUUGGUUAAUACUCAAGCCCUGUCCAAUGUAAUUGAUUGUAGUGAUCGAAACAAUUCAAAGUAUUAUGUUGUUGUAGUUCAGUAUACUGCUAGAUUCAACGCUGAAACUGUCAAAAAUUUUCUCUACACACUCAACAAUGGAAAGAUAUCAAAGAAGAAAUUUAACUUGAGACUUGCUCCUGAGGAAACAUCAAUAAAGUUGACUGGCUAUGAGCACAAUGCAGUUACUUGCAUCGGUAUGCAAACUGACAUUCCAGUAAUUUUAGAUGAAGCCAUUGUAAAGCUUGAUCCAGAUUUCUUCUGGUUGGGUGGAGGCGAGGUUGAUUUGAAGCUGGGAAUCAGAACCUCUGAAUUUAUAAACUUUGUCAAACCUUUCAUUGUCAGCUGCAGUGGUACCUAAUUAUCUACCAUUGAUUCCACAAACUAAAUAAAAAGAAAUUAAACUCAAGACAACUUACUAAAGACUUCAAGAAAAUCCAUUCACAUGGGCAUCCUAUCCGGUCGAGAAUGAUGCUUUAUCUUUUAUUGGUUUGUUUUGGUUAUCAAAUUUUGGAAGUCAAUUGCGCAAUUGGAAAUGUUAAGUCCUCCGGAGACAGCCAUGUUCUUUGGUUAUGUAGUAAGGUGGAAUUGUUAGAUAGGAAUGAAAAUUUGAUUUCUUAGGGAUCAGAGCCUGAAAUUUCGGGAACAUUUCUUUCAUGGUAAUGUGAUGCAUUUUAACCCGUUUUCAGAUUGUUUUGCGAGAUCAAUUACUUGGCAAUGGUGGCUCAUGGUUCACAGAUGGCCACGUUUUGCACAAUUUUGGGCUUGGUUAUUGAAUUCUAUACAGGGGACAGUACAUUGCAGACUGUCGUCUGGACAGUUCAGAGUGGGCUCCACUUUAUCGCGUUUAACAUCCUCCUCCAACGCAACCUAAAUAAACAUGUAAGCCUCGGUUUUUAGUCAUAUUCUCUCAACAUGUUUCAGCCAUGUAAAUGUGGAAAACUCGUGUUGGUUUGGAUUAUGUUUUAUUUUUAUGAAAAACAGAUGCAGGAGUUUCGGGAGGUGAGAACACCUUUAUCUCAUCAGUCUGUACACGCGUAAUCUUUGGAUUAGAUGUCAGUAUAUAUAAUAAUAUGUAUGCGCACACGCUGGUUUGAGCUUCA